GAAAAAGAGACGCCGCUCCGUCAAUGAAAGCUUCCCCCACCUUCCACUUGACCAUGGCCACUCCUCGUCUCCCCUGCCUCUUCGUUCUCCUCCUCCUCUCCACCGUCUCGGCGGAGUACGCGCAGGAGCUACUUCGGCGCGCCGAGGGCGAGCGAGAGUGGAUUAUCGGCGUGCGCCGGCACAUCCACGCCCACCCGGAGCUCGCUUUCCAGGAGCACCGCACCAGCGCCCUCGUCCGCGAGGAGCUCGAGCGGCUAGGGGUUACCGCCCAAACCGUUGCCGGCACCGGCGUCGUCGCCGAUGUCGGCUUGGGCAUGCCCCCAAUCGUCGCCCUCCGCGCCGACAUGGACGCACUACCCAUCCAGGAAUUGGUGGAGUGGGAGCAUAAGAGCAGAGUUGAUGGUGUAAUGCACGCCUGUGGUCAUGAUGUGCACACAGCGAUGCUACUGGGAGCGGCAAAGUUGCUUCAUGAGCGCAAGGAUCAGCUUAAGGGAACGGUGAGACUCCUUUUUCAACCUGCUGAGGAGGGUGGUGCUGGUGCAUCUCAUAUGAUAAAAGAAGGUGUUCUUGAUGGUGUUGAAGCUAUAUUUGCAAUGCAUAUCGAUUAUCGGAUGCCAACAGGGGUAAUAGCUGCUCACGCAGGACCAACACAAGCAGCUGUAUGUUUCUAUGUAGUGAAAAUAGAAGGUAAAACCGGGAAGGCUGAAACCCCACACUUAAAUGUGGAUCCUAUCGUUGCUGCAGCAUUUACCGUCCUGUCCCUGCAACAGCUCACUUCAAGAGAAGAUGAUCCUCUUCACAGCCAAGUGCUCUCUGUCACCUAUAUUAAAGGUGGGAACUCUGUUGAUGCCACACCUCCAGUUGUUGAAUUUGGAGGUACUUUGAGGAGCCUCACUACUGAAGGACUUUAUCGGCUACAGAAAAGGCUUAAGGAGGUAGUAGAAGGGCAGGCAGCUGUACAUAGGUGCACGGGAGUUACGGAGAUAUUGGGGGCUCCCUCCCACCCAAUGUAUCCUGCCGUCGUCAAUGAUGAGAGACUCCACGAGCAUGUAGAGAAUGUGGGCAGAAGUUUGCUUGGUCCAGACAAGGUGAAGCCCGGAGAGAAGAUCAUGGCAGGGGAAGACUUUGCAUUCUACCAACAGUUAGUUCCUGGCGUUAUGUUUGGUAUCGGCAUUAGAAAUGAGAAAGUCGGUUCGGUCCACUCUGCUCACAACCCGCAUUUCUUCGUCGACGAGGAUGUCCUUCCAAUUGGAGCUGCAUUGCAUACUGCCACCGCAGAAAUGUAUCUUUCUGGGCGUUCUGCUUAAAGUGAAGUUGGAUCCGUGCAUUUGCGGUAAUGCUCUUUGGAUGGACGAUUUGAAUGUAUAAAUGUACUCCCAACGUUCCGAAUUACUUGUCGCACGUAUGGAUGUAUCUAGAUGUAUUUUAGUUCUAGAUACAUCCAUUUCAGCGACAGAGUAAUUUGGAACGGAGGUAGUAUGUCAAAGAUGUCCAGUCUAGCUAUGUACUCCUUUGUUCACAAAUAAGAUUUUCUAGUAACUUUUUUCUGAGUUGGAUGUAUAUAGACACGUUUUAGUGUGUUUGGUCACUCAUUUCAGCCUGUCUGUAGUCCAUAUUGAAAUCUCAAAAACAUCUUAUGUUUAUGAACGGAGGAAGUACUUGUGUUCAA